CCAGAUGAAGAUUCACUGAGAUUUGAGUUGGAUUCGAGAGUUUGUCAGAUCUCCACAUCUUUGUAAGUUCAGCGGUGAUAUCAUCAGCUAAAAACCUCAUCUGUGUUUGCCAGUCACCUCUUGUUGCUUUGUGCCAAAGAAGGACUCCAUGAAAGAUGACAGAAGAAGUUAUUGUCAUAGCCAAGUGGGACUACACAGCCCAGCAGGACCAGGAGCUUGACAUCAAGAAGAAUGAGCGCCUAUGGCUGCUGGAUGACUCCAAGACGUGGUGGCGGGUGAGGAAUGCAGCCAACAGGACGGGCUAUGUGCCAUCCAACUAUGUGGAGCGCAAGAACAGCCUGAAGAAGGGAUCCCUGGUGAAAAACCUCAAGGACACACUAGGCCUGGGCAAGACGCGCAGGAAGCCGAGCGCACGGGACGCAUCCCCAACGCCCAGCACGGAUGCAGAGUACCCCGCCAAUGGCAGCGGCGCCGACCGCAUCUAUGACCUCAACAUCCCCGCCUUUGUCAAGUUCGCCUACGUGGCCGAGCGGGAGGACGAGUUAUCCCUGGUGAAGGGCUCGCGCGUCACGGUCAUGGAGAAGUGCAGCGAUGGCUGGUGGCGUGGCAGUUUCAACGGGCAGAUUGGCUGGUUUCCCUCCAACUACGUGCUGGAGGAGGUGGACGAGGCGGCGGCGGAGGCCCCGAGCUUCCUGAGCCUGCGCAGGGGCGGCGCCAUGAGCAAUGGCCAGGGCGCACGGGUGCUGCACGUGGUGCAGACCCUGUACCCCUUCAGCUCGGUCACAGAGGAGGAGCUCAACUUCGAGAAGGGGGAGACCAUGGAGGUGAUCGAGAAGCCCGAGAAUGAUCCCGAGUGGUGGAAAUGCAAAAACUCCCGGGGCCAGGUGGGCCUUGUCCCCAAGAACUACGUGGUGGUCCUCAGUGAUGGGCCAGCCCUGCACCCCGCGCACGCCCCGCAGAUCAGCUACACGGGGCCCUCGUCCAGCGGGCGCUUCGCGGGCCGGGAGUGGUACUAUGGCAACGUGACGCGCCACCAGGCCGAGUGCGCGCUCAACGAGCGGGGCGUCGAGGGCGACUUCCUCAUUAGGGACAGCGAGUCCUCGCCCAGCGACUUCUCCGUGUCUCUCAAAGCAUCAGGGAAGAACAAGCAUUUCAAGGUGCAGCUCGUGGACAAUGUCUACUGCAUUGGGCAGCGGCGAUUCCACAGCAUGGACGAGCUGGUGGAGCACUAUAAGAAGGCACCCAUCUUCACCAGCGAGCAUGGGGAGAAGCUCUACCUCGUCAGAGCCCUGCAGUGACAGUGGUGCAGUGACCUUGCCAUGCCACACCAGCUCCGGGCCUCACCAGAGCCGCUGCCCACCUGGCUCUGCCACCCAUUGAGGGUCUGCAGCAUCCAGGGUCCAGCCUGGAUCAGCCUCACAGCCUGAUCUUUCUAUUCAGCUCGGUUUGUUUCACAUCUGCCACCCCAGGCCCUUACAGCCUCGUGCACGCCCACUGAGAGUGGCAGGUAGAGGGGCAGGUGAGCCUGUUCACUUUCUUUUUAGUUGGAAACAACAGUUGGUCAGUGAUCCUCUCAAAUUGCUCAUGUCGUAGAAUCCCCAGUAAAAGGCCAGGGGUGCAGUUGGAAACGUGAGGCCAUACGUAGCUUAGCAAUGGAGUGAACCUCAACCCCUCAGAAAGCCCAUCAGAGGGCUGAGGCUCCCCUGUGUCCACACAACAGGUUCCGGCUGGCCAGCAGCCCCCAGUACCAGGCCUGUGCCCCCAGUUGGUUCCAGACCCUACCGGGAAUUGGUGCAUUUGCAGAGCAAUAUUGGAACCACAGGGAGAUGGCAGUAAGGAGACUGUCCAGUGCCUUUGAGGCUGUGAUUGCAAUAAUGAAGACUUUCAUGGGAGUGCAACAGAGAGCCCUGAUGCAGAGAGACAGAUGUUUUGGUGAUUUCGACCAUGUGCCAUCCAUAUAGUGCUUUUUUCCUCUUGCCCUUUGGCUUGUUUGAAUUUCACAAUUAUGUAUUUAAUUCUCAAAGUAAUAGGUAUCUGUAGCCUUUUGUUGACACUAAUAACAGAUGAUUAAGGAAAACAGCUGAUCUUUGGGGAAGGGGAGCUACCAAUACUUUAUAUACCUACACUAUAUAUAUAUAUAUAAUAUAUGUAUAUUAUAUAUAUAUUAUUUGCUUUACAGGGAAAUUUUUCAGGGUUUACAAAAGAAUAUGUGAUUGGUAGUAAGAGACACAGAAUGUUUAUGAAAAUACUGCAUUUUCUUUUUUCUUUACAUUUGAACUUCUUUAUAGUUUGAAUAUAGAGUCUUGAGAUGGCACAUUCCUACAAUUGAAGAAGGGGGUCUUGAGAUCCUCUAAACUUGCAUACUCAAGAUUUUUGGAUAUUGUAAUAAAAAAAAGUAUUAUGACAACUAUGUGUGUGUCUCUGUAUGUGUGUGUGUGUGUGUAAGAAACCUCACCGGUGACUGGCUA